AUGGCGGACGACAAUAGAAAUCAGAUGUUCUGGAGCCGCGAAUUCGCCCGCCUCGUCGGGGUUUUAACUAAUGCUCAUCUCUUGAGUGCUGCAGAGCAUCGGGAAUUAUGGGCCCACGUCUACACGUGGGAGUCGAGUCUGGCAGCACUGAUUCACGAUCUUCUACAACCAGAGAGCCUGCUAGCAGCCGAACAUCCCCAACUCCAUGAGGUACUCUCAAGGCGCUACUACGCCAGCAUGCAAGCCAGAGAAGAGACAGAGAUAUCCAAAUGCACGCACGAGGUGGACGGGGAACCUCGAACAGACAGUUAUAGAUACCAGCAAAGCAUACACGAUAAACAAUCUACUAUCCAUCGUCAAGGCGAUGAGGACGUGUAUGAUACGUACCGCGCUAAUAUCUGUCCCAACCUGGAUAACGAUUUUGUUCUCCGGGGCAUUCUGGGGAGUGGAACCUUUGGCGUCGUCUUCCUGGCACAUAAGCGAAGUGAUACCAGACCUCCGGAACAACAAAAGCUAUACGCAAUCAAGGUCGAGACUUCAUCGACCAUCAAUACAGAUAUAAGAAAAAAGAUAGGUGAUCCGAGUGUGGCGCCUCUAUACUAUCAACAGCCGCAUCAGUUCCGCUAUAUUCCAAUGGAGGCAUACCUUCUGCUGCUCACGGCUGGCUGUAGGCGGUUCUCGAUGCUGGACUCCGUCUACUCCCACGGCAAGUACAAGGCAACGGUGAUGGAAGCUACAGUCCCCGAUGAAAUCCGUAAAAAGAAUUACGACCCAUAUUCCGAAACGAAGGCUUGGAUUGAGAAUAGGUUGCGGCCAUUCGACGGAGACAUUUACCUUAAUUCUAGAGAAAAGCAGACCGCACUAGAUGAGGUGGCCGUCUGCCAGAUAGCAACCCAACUGCUUGAAGCAACAUCAUACCUAUAUGACAUGCGACUCUGCCACACGGACAUCUCACACUUGAACUACCUACUUGACGAUGCUUUAAAUACAACCCUAAUUGACCUCGGCCUCAUUCACUUCGGCCUGCGCGACGCAGACUUCCAAAAACGCCACACGCCCUACAUCCCCAACUACGAGAAAUUCAUGACACCCGAACUCGCCACCGAACUCCUAAAGCCCAAUUAUGACAACACCGACUUCAGCAAAGGUACCGUCCAAAUCCCCCUUCGCCACGAUGUCCGCGGCCUCACGCUCUGGCAACUCGGCUGCAUCAUCUACGAACUCCUACACGGCUUCGCACCUUGGGAAGAGCCAAACCCGGAUCCGGAUAUCGGGCGUCUUUCCGAGUGGCCUAGGGGUAGGAGUGCUGCACAGCAGGCCCGGAGAAUGAGGAAGAUAAGGGAGCGAAGGCAGCGCGUUAUUAGAGAGGAGUUGCCUGUUAGUGAGGACCUCUCGCAGGAUUGUGUGGAUAUGCUGAGGGCUAUGUUUACGAAGGACCCGGAGAAGAGACCGAAGUUGCAGGAGUUGUUGUCGAUGCCGUGGUUUGGGCAGUCGAGUUAUUGGGUAGAGAUGGACACGCUGGAGGUAAGGAGGCAGGCUGCUAGUACUAGGUGAUUUGCUUUUACGCAGGAGAU